CGACCAGAGCUUUUCCCAUUAUCAAAUUCACUUUGCCACCAACAACUACCCACCUCAUCAUGAAGACGUCGACGCUCCUCCUCGCCAUUGCCGCCUCGACCGUGACGGCCUCGGACCCGUGCUCGAUCCCGUCGCUCCUCAACACGCUGACGCCUCUCCAGGCGCAAAUCCCGGCUUGCACGGAUGCCUCGGGCUACAACCUCAUGUUGAUCGCUACUGGGUCGGCCCCGACGGCCGACCAAGCGAAGAAGCUCGCUAGCACGCAGGCGUGCAAGGACCUCUAUGCGACCAUGCAAGAGAAGGUCUCGAAGAUUGCACCUCCGUGCUCGAUCGGUGGCGUCGAAACCUCGACGUUCACGUCUGUCGAGGUCUCCUCCGGCAUCGCCGCUAUGCUCAAGGCCCUUGGCGGUAGCCCGUCGGCGCCGGGUGCAUCCACGGCAGCUCCCGCGAACAACUCGACGAAAUCUGCCAACUCGACCAUUACGGCGGCGCCUGGCAAUGGAACGUCCAAGUCGAACUCGUCGAACACGGUGACGACGCCUGCUCCGACCAAGCCCAGCAGCGCCGCCGCGACCGGCGUCGCCCUCACUGCGGCGGCCGUGACCAUGCUUGCGGCCAUGGCCUAGUUGUGAGCUAGCGUUUUGUCGUAAUCGUUUUGAAUCACAUACAUUUGCACA